AUGUCCGCGCUGAACUGGAAACCCUUCGUGUACGGCGGGCUCGCCUCCAUCGUGGCCGAGUUCGGAGGAGAGCUGUUCAUUUCCCCCCUUGCCUUUCCCAGUUCCACUCAACACCACGUGCAGGUGUGGGACACGGCCGGGCAGGAGCGGUUCCGGAAGAGCAUGGUGGAGCAUUACUACCGCAACGUGCACGCCGUGGUCUUCGUGUAUGACGUCACCAAGAUGACGUCGUUCACCAACCUCAAGAUGUGGAUCGAGGAGUGCAACGGGCACGCCGUGUCCCCCCUCGUCCCCAAAGUGCUGGUAGGGAACAAGUGUGACUUGAAGGACCUGAUCCAAGUGCCGUCCAGCAUGGCCCUCAAAUUCGCCGACGCUCACAACAUGCUCUUGUUCGAAACCUCAGCCAAGGACCCUAAGGAGAGCCAGAACGUGGAGUCCAUCUUCAUGUGUCUGGCCUGUCGGCUGAAGGCGCAGAAAUCGCUGCUCUAUCGCGAUGUGGAGAAGCGGCCGGGCCGGGCGCAGAAGCUGGAGCAGUCGCGCGAGGCCCACGGUAAAAGCGCGUGUCCGUGCUGAGCGCCUUCAAUAAAGUCUGUGGGAGCCCUGCGCUCGGACUCGUUGCUUUGCUCGCCGCGCAUGCGCGGCCGGAGCGGGGCGCAUGCGCAGUGCGCGCCGUCGC